AAGUGGCAUGCAUGGUUUCGGUUGCGUUUCCUUUAGGCGAUGUUUUGCUGGACUCUGAACUGCUUGUUUUUUUUCGAGAAGCCCGUUUCGUCUCGUGAACAAUUCUACAGUUUCGUGGUUUGCCACCAGAAGAAUCGGAUUGGUUUCGGUGCACAGGGGAGCACCACCUUCGCCACUAUUACCACCACCACCACCACCACUUUCGAGACACUCCACCGCGAGAACUACCCACGCAGCAACAAAACAAUGGGCAGCCGGAGAAGCGAAUCCGAUGCCGAGAGCAACAGCAAGGCCGCUCUCUCCGACAGGGAAUGUUCUCCGAAUCUUCCCACGAGCGAAUUCGACGGCGCCGAAGUCGACCAAUUCGACGACGAGUACGGAGAACGAAGGACGCGGAGGCGCAAACGAAAGACGUACCUCACGGUCCCAACACGGUCGCCGGCCGAAGGAGACCAUGGCCAAAACGCCAGCGAAACGACGGUCGAUGGCGACGGCGACGUCGACGGCGCCGCCUUUGGGAUCGAUCACGGUGCGGUCCGCGAGCUCGCGGGGGACGUCCGCGAGCUGCGAAGGGGCCUGGCGAUCGUCUUGGUGUUGUUUGUGCUUGUUGCGGGCCUGAUCGCCCUCGACGACUAUUUCAACGGCCGAUACAUCGAUGCCACCGUGGCGGACGGAACGGACACGAAACCGGAAGCGGAAACGGAUCCAGAAGCACGCGGCAACCCAAACGAAAACAACACCAGCAACACAAGCGCGGACGGGGCCUACCACGGGCCACCGUACCCCCGCAUGGGCCACAAGCUCCGGAUCAACGCGAGCGCCUUUACCGCGAACGACUUUGAGUGCCUCCGGCUCGACACCGGGAACUGGCCCUCGGAGCGGGUCCACUGCGAGCUCCUGCCGGGAAGCGGCGACGAGCGCUACGAGUUUGUCGUGGAGCACUUUGACGACGAAGGCUGCCAAGCCCCCAACGCCCAAAACCCGGUGGUCCGGCACACGGCCUCGGGGUGCUUCUACUACGAGGCCUACAACCACUCCUACAACGACCUCUGCCACCCGAACCGGACCUUUACCGUCUCGGCCUUUUUCGGAAGGGGCUGCCUGGACCCCAUGCCCGUCACGGCCGUGAACCUGCUGCCCGAGGGGGAAGGGGCCCCGUGACGCGGGCGGUCCCGGGGGGGGGGGGGAACUUCGGCGGGUCCGGGCCCGGGGGCUUGGUGUUGGAAGGGGUGUUUGUUCGUGCCAACACAAUUGCUGUACUAUACUAUACUGUUACUAGUGUACACCACAAUUCGUAUCAAUCCGUUUUUUUCCUUGGUCGGUUCCAAACGAAAUUCGCAUCUUUAGCGCUGGCAUUCGUUCCCACGGAAUCAAUCAAAGACGCACAU